GAUAUAAAAGCUCAAAACCCUAAACCAACGAAACCUGCAGUAGCGUUUUAUCUUUUCGCACCGUCUAUUCAGAUCUCAGCUUGCCCAACUCUCCCUCCGGCAACCCAAGAGAUCUACAUUGAAUUCUACCAAUGGCUGUCGCAUUCUACAACCUAACGUCAGAAUCUGGCCUUAAGAAGCUUGAUGAGUACCUUCUGACACGUAGUUAUAUCACAGGGUACCAGGCUUCUAAGGAUGAUAUUACUGUGUAUUCUGCUCUUUCAAAACCACCCUCAUCUGAAUUUGUGAAUGUAUCUCGGUGGUUCAAACACAUUGAUGCACUUUUAAGAAUUUCUGGUAUAUCUGGGGAAGGUUGCGGUGUCACUAUUGAAGGAUUUGCUGCAGCCACAGAGGAAGCUGUUGUUACUCCUCCUGCUGCUGAUACAAAGGCAGCAGCUGCUGUGGAUGAUGACGAUGAUGAUGUAGAUCUAUUUGGUGAAGAAACUGAAGAGGAAAAGAAGGCUGCCGAAGAACGUGCUGCUGCUGUAAAGGCAUCUGCCAAAAAGAAAGAGUCGGGGAAGUCUUCAGUUUUGAUGGAUGUCAAGCCAUGGGAUGAUGAGACUGACAUGAAAAAGCUUGAGGAAGCUGUCCGAAAUGUUAAAAUGGAGGGAUUGCUUUGGGGAGCUUCCAAGCUGGUACCUGUUGGAUAUGGCAUAAAAAAAUUACAAAUCAUGCUUACCAUUGUGGAUGACCUGGUGUCGGUUGAUGAUCUUAUUGAGAACUAUCUUACAGUUGAACCAUGUGAUGAGUUUAUCCAGAGCUGUGAUAUUGUGGCUUUCAACAAGAUAUAAAUGUCUGAAUCUUCUCGGCACGAAAACAGUUAUUGGAGGCGUAGCAGGCAGGAAGUUCCUAUUGUUUGUAUUCUGCUAAAUUAUGGUAGUUUGUGACUUUUUGACAUUGUCUAGCUUAAAGAAUUUUGGGUUAUUUUUGUUGUCAAAGACUACAGUCUAGAUAUGCUGUCACCUUUGAAUUGAAAUUUUAAAACUUUGCUUUAUAAGAUUACAAAAAAAUA